AUGAGGCCUAAUGUUAAAUUGUUGAUAGAUUGUGGAGUUUCUGAUUCGAACAUUGUAAUGUUGCUUCGUAAAUGGCCUAGUAUAUUCUCCUCAAUUCAGUUGCUUAAAGAGGUUGAGGAAGUGAAGGGGUUGGGUUUUGACCCUUCAAAAUCAAGUUUUAGUACAGCGUUGCUGGCCAAACAUACUGUCAGAAAUUCGCAUUGGGAUGAGAAAGUUGAUGUUUUUAAGAGUUGGGGUUGGUCUGAUGAAACUGUUCUUGAAGCAUUUAGGAGGCAGCCUAAUUGUAUGUUAGCAUCAUGUGAUAAAAUCAAUGCUAUGAUGGGUUUUUGGGUGGGCGAGUUGGGUUGGGAUGCUCUGGCACUUGUGAAAGGAACUAAUUUUUUUGGGUUUAGUUUGCAGAAAAGGAUCAUUCCUAGGGCUUUGAUUGUCCGGUAUCUACUUGCAAAAGGUUUGAUAGAUAAGGAUGCUAGCUUAUUUACACCGUUCAUAAUUUCGGAGAAGAUGUUCCUGCAGAAGUUUGUGUAG